GCACACUAGGUUUGGACACUAGGUUUGGCAGCGCCGACAGCCGCGUCGGCAGCGGCGCGCACAGCGUCGUUCGGGCAGCCCGGCCGGGCGGAAGAGACGCAGCCGUGGUCAAUUCACCUACGCCCGCAGCCGGAGGACGCUCGCACGCCGUCCGGACCGAGACCCUGGGGCAGAGUGACCGAGGGCAGUGACCACGCGAGGUAACGAUGGGCAAGUCCGCCUGGUACCAAGUAGACACCUCAAGAGUAUAUGCGGCGUCGCCGGCCCCUCCAAAAGAACCGGUCCCCGACGGCGACGAAUGGUUAGAUGAUUACAAGCCGAAGGACUGGCAGCAGCAAAAUGACGAGCUCGACGAACAGAUGCGGACCAUUGACGUGGGGGAUGGGCUGGCGCAGUGGGAUUUGGACGACGAGGCGCUGAACGCGGUCGAGUCUUUAGGCAAGGGGCCGGCUUCUUUUGUAAUCCCGCGGAACGUCGACUUAAAUCCUCAUCAUCUGGAGUAUCGCGUGGCUACUCAUAGAUACCGGGAGGCGCGCGCGCGCGGGUGGUUAACUAAAACAAUUCCGGAAGUUGUGGAUGAAGAAGAUCAGCGCGAGCUCGACGAAGCCAAACAGCGGCGCACGGAGUUCAAGAACAAGGUCAGAGCGACGAUCGCCGUGCAGGACGCCAUGACCGGAGACCGGGAGCACGGCGUGUUGUUGAAGGAUCGCGAGAACGCUCUGAGGGUGGCCUCAAUCAUCGAGAUGCUGAGAGCGGACGACGAAGGCCUCGAGGAGGUCCAGAACUUGCCCCAAUUGCAGAACGACAAGAAGUUCGAGACGCGAUUGGUAGAUGAGAGAGGUCGAAGGCGCUACGCGCCGCGCUUCAGCAAGUACCCUCCACCAGCGCUGGGUCCCUCAAACAUGUGGUGGCCCUGGGGCUGCCCCCACACGCAGGACGCCGGGGCAUUGAUGAACCGGGCCCAGCUCCUCAAGGAGCACUACCGGUCCCAGCCCGAUCCUAGGGGGGAGGCGCUCGAAGUAGGUGUUGCGUUUGCUGAGGCGGCGGCGGCUGCUCAUCGGGAGGCGAAUCGACGGUUGGUUGGGAACGUCGAGGGUGAGUGCCCCGAGGAUGAAUUAGUCGCUCAUUUGGAGAAGGAGGCGCGAGACUUCCUGCGGAUGGCCUGCGGCAAGUCCGACGUCAAGCAGGUUCUCCGACGAGCGUGCUCCAUCAGCGCGUGCCGGGAGAUCGUUCGUAAAAGAACGUUCACGCGGCCCGAGAAGAUCCGGGACCAAGUCUUGGUCGCGCGGAAGCUGCACGCGCGCGAGUGCGCGGCUGAACGAAGAAGGCAACGGAAACGACGGCAGUGCGCCCACCUCGCGUUGCUACGGGAUUCGUUACGCCAGAAGGGCCGGCCCGGCCGGACGACGUCCUCGGCGACGGGCCCCGACGUCAAGAGCGGCGUCAAGCACUACACGGAGCUCAUGACCCUGUUUGCGUUAAAUGAUGACGACGACCGCACGGUAUCGGAGGACGAGGACGACUACGAGGCCAUGAUCACGGAGUUCGCCGGCGAUCCGGCGCGCGGCGUCACGCCGGCGCUGUCCGAAGAAGACGAAGAACGGUUGGCCCACGAGGCGAAAUUUGUCAGCAAGGAAGUCAUCGACGCGCGCGUCAAGGCCGGGCUCUUGUUCGACCGGAGCCACGCGAAGAACCAAUCUACCGUGGCGAUCGAUGGAUUGACCAUUUCUUGUCGAAGGGAGCGCGCGUCGGCGCCGCCAUCUGUCAAGAGCGAAGGGGCCGUCGCGGCGACGCUCGCGACGUCGUCUUCGUUAGUAACCACGCCGUCCCAGAAGCGCCGCGUCGUCGAGGUGAGUUCAAUAAGGAGCACGCAAACGCCCCAGAAGCCGCCGCCGCUGACUGCCACGCAAAAGGUCCUCGCGACGAUCGAGGAGCUCCCCGCGAUCCCGACGGUGGAAGAACUAAGACAGGACCGGGACACGUUGUUGGCGCUCUUCCACGCGUUGUUUUUUGUCAGAGGCGUGCGCCAUCUGGAUUCUGAUCUGACGGACCCGGACUGGUACCCCGGCAGCGCCGCGCACCUGAACGGCGCGUCGCUGGGCGGCUUCGCGGACUGCCACCGGGAGGUCAUGGAGGAAUAUGUGCCUAUCCGAGCGCGGGAGCACGCGGCGAGCCCGUCGGACGACGACGAUUAUGCGGAGCUGCUGGCGUCGCUGGGGACGCUGCGGGCCAAGGCCAAGGACGCGACGGGCGCCGCGGAAAUGUUCUUGAGAGCUGCUACCGAACGAGAUAGAAGACGGGACGCGCGGAGCGCGCGCGCGUCCGAACUCAAGGAGGCGGAGCGAGUCUACGAGGAGGCACUCAAUAAAAGGGAUGCGAUCCGCGCGGAGGCGGACGCGAAAACCGUGUCGUUCGAUGGCCCGGCGCGGACGCCGCGGACGCGGGCUGACGACCAGAAGCGCGCCGAGGCCCUGCGGAAGAGCAUCGAGGAGGCCGACGCCGCCGUCGAGGCGGCGCACGAGCGGUGCAUGCGGGCGGCGGCCGCGGUCCAAAGUGACGCGCGGGCUCGCGACAUCGUGCCUCCCAAAACACCCAUCACGAAGCGGCGGCCCUCCGCCACGGGCUCGCGGCGGGCGUCGUCCGCGUCUACUACCCGGCGGCCCUCCACCGAGACGAUGACGCCCGGGAAGCAGACGCCGGGCGGCGAGCGGCGGUCCGCCAGGACGUCGCUCGCGUCGGAGAAGACGCCGGGCGGCGAUCGGCGGGCGUCCAUCGGGUCGGCCCGGGGCGCCCGGGCGUCGGCGGAGCGCCGCACGUCCUUCGGCUCGGCCCGGACGACGUACCGCCGCAAUUCUGCGAGAAGGCGGCCGCGGAGCAAGGCCGAGUUCGCGCCGCCCUCGGGAAGCUACCAACUCCCCGGCGCGGGCAUCCGGAGCAAAUACCACCGCCUCGACCGCGAUUUGCGGGCGAAUGCCCCGAAGGCGCAGCACGUCGACACGUAUACGACUCAAAUUCCCAUCGACCCGCACGACCACGAGUCCGCGCCCUGGCAGGAGAUGCCCCUGCGGCCUCAGGACAUGACAGCAGACCUCGCAAACGAGACCAUCCUCUUUAGGAUCUCGGAGCCGUGGCCGCAGAAUGAGAAUUUGAACGACCUUACUGCCAUGCGCGGCCGGCCGGCUUUGGAGCCCGCGACGUACUUGCGGGGCGGCACGUUACUCGACGACCCGACGCCGUAUGCGUACUCCGCCAUUAGGAGCGCACAACCUCUGGGAAUGCGCUCGCAGCACGAGGCGCCGCACCUCGCGGCGACGGCGCCAAGACCAAGCGCUCCCCGAAUAAAACCGAGGCAGCUCAAGUCGGGCCGGGCCACUUCGGAACUCAUGGAGCCCGAAUUUACAUACCGCCCGACCCAGAGCAUACUGACGAAGAUCGACGUCAGAAAGAAAUACGAAUUCCCAUCUCAAUACGACCCGAUACUGGGCCUCGGCGCGCCCGAGACGUUCGACCACCCGAACAUCUCGUACCACGAUACUCGUUGCAGAUCGAAGCUCGAGGAGCUGGAGAUCGCGGACCCGUCGCGCCGGGCGGCGCUCGCGCUGCACGGGCGGGACGUGGAGGAAUAUGAUCAAGAUCUGGUACCCGAGGCGGAUCGGGAGGCGCGGGAGCUCGAUAGGACCAAUACAAGGUGGGCCCCGUCGUACGGUAAAGACUAGUUGUUUUUCUU